CAGGGUCGCGUGCAAUCGAUACUUUGACAGCUCUCACAUAUUUUAGUUUUGGUUUUUAAAUAAAAUGAAAUGCAACGCGAAUGCAUGGUGUUUUAAGUAGCUAAAAUGUGGCCAAGGUGUAGUCCAGUGUCCGCGCCAAUUAUAGAUGUAUACCGUGUGCGUCUAUAACGAAAGUGAAUACCCGAAAACGAGAGUAGAAAACCGACCCCCAGUACGUAGUGUGUGUGUGCAGAAGGCGAAGCGAAGCGAAGGCUCGACUCAACCAAUUGCAAUAUCAAAAAGUGGAAGUGGAGUGGAGUGGUCAGGGAGCGAAAGACACCGCCAUCUCCACUUGCAGCACCCCGCCGCAUCCGCAAUCGGGUUACAUACAACAUUCAUAAUAUAACAAGCCACACAAUUUUACUUUUCCCAUACGAUAUUAUUGUUGGGUAAAAAUUGCCAAAAAAAAAAAAAAGCGUGUGCGAGUGGCGAUAUGAUAUUUUGUUUGAUUUCUACACACUGCAUGAUAGAAUUUUUCUAAGGCCAACAACUUUAGCUAAGUUACAAGCCCGUUCAUCUAUAAAGCCUCCCUAGACAUUCGCUCCUGUCAGACAUGAUGAUUCAAGAGCCCGUGCAGGCCGCCAUAUGGCACUGCCUGAACUACUACGACUUCAAGGAUGCUGUUUUCCUGGCGGAGCGCCUAUGCUCAGAAGUGGAGAGCGAUGAGACGAUAUUCCUGCUUGCCACCAGCUAUUUCCGAUCCAAUCAGGUGCACCAGGCCUACUGGUUACUCAAGCAGAAAAUGCGACAUUCGCCGCAGUGUCGCUUCCUUCAGGCCAAGUGUGCAUACGAGCUAAAGAAGUACGCCGAAGCGGAGGGCUCCCUAAUCUCGGCGGGAUUCGCGGACGGUAAGAACUGCGAUGAGCUGCAACGAGACUUUGGCGAUCUGGCCUGCUUCGCCUAUCAACUUAUGGCCCAGAUUUGUGUGAGAACCGAACGCAACAAGCUGGCCAUAAUUGCUUUAAGGCGGGCCCUCAAACUGAACCCCUUCAUGUGGCACGCUUUCGCGGAUCUGUGCCUGCUGGGCCAGGACACAGAUGCGGCGGCAAUAUUCCAGAUUCACAGCACUGAUGUGUUCAAUACUUGCCAAGGCAGCAGCGCCAACGCAAACUCCAUGGUUCUGUUUGGCGCCGAGCAGCAGAGUCACCAGCACCAUGAGCGCCAAUCGUUGAUCACCAACCUAAGCAAUAUCUCCAACUACAUUUUGACCACACCCGUAGAUCAGCAGCAACAGAAUCAACAGCAAGUGCAACAAAUUAAUCAGAAUCAGAACCACAACAGCAACCUGGUGACGCCUAUCAACAAUAACAACAAUAAUAACAAUCUCAAUAGCUCCAUCAGCAUGCUGCGCGGCGGUUUGGUGCAGAACUCCAGCAUGCUGGCGAUGCUGGAGGAUACGCCCAUGGGCUAUCCACAGGACCCGGUCGGCCAGAAUCAGCAACAUCAGCAACUGUACGACAUGAGCAGCGGCACACCGUUCCGCAAGCAGUUCAAAUACCUUUCGGCCAUCUCACCGCCAACUCCGAGCUUCGGCAUUAUGCCGCUUACUAGUCCCUGCACCGGUAACGAUGGCUCCUUCAUCGGUAACCACACGCCCGUUAUGAAUAUAAGCUACUCGCCAAUGCCACAGAUGCUUGUCGAGGUCAACCAGGAACCCAAAAUGAUGGGCAAAAAGCUGAAGACACAUGUCGGAGGGCUCAUUAAUCGCAAGGAGGGCAGCCUUAACAAACCCGCCGUGUUUACACAAGCUGGAAACAUAACGCCCCGCACACCAAACAACAAUAAUGUGGGUAACAAUGGCAACAUAAAUGUGCCGCCUAACCCAAAUGCUGCAGUGCGUCGAAGCUCUCGGCUGUUUAGUAACUCGUAUUCGGUAAAGGAGAACAAUAAAUCGCCAAACAUAGCCAACAAGUUCGUGCAGCCACGAUCGCCUCCACGGAAAACCAAGUCACGGAUGACCAAGAUCUGCCUGAAUAACGAACUGAUCGAAGAGAAGUCCCACCACCUAUCGGAAAAGCGCAAGGAAAAGGUGGAGACCAUCACUUCCUCGGGAGCCAAUAACAACAGCGGAGGGCGCAGUGCCGCCGAGGAGGCCAAAGUGCUGUUAAAUAACAGCUUAAACAAUGCCCAGACGAUGGCCCACCAACUGAUGGGGCUUAAGAAACAAUCGGCAGAUGGGCUGAUGACCCUGUUGCGAGAUUUGGCUGAAGCUUAUCAACUGUUGUCAAACUUCCAAUGUAAGGCGGCCGUUAAACAGCUGGAGUCGACGAUACCAACGCACCAACUGACUUCCAGUUGGGUGCAGUCCCUGAUCGGACUUGCCAAAUAUGAGAUGCGAGAAUAUGAGGCCGCGGUGGCGAUCUUUGAGGGCAUACACAAGGCGGAGCCAUGUCGCCUGGACUACAUGGAGAUCUACUCCUCCUCCCUCUGGCAUCUGCAGCGGGAGGUGGAGCUCUCUGCUCUAGCCCAGGACCUGAUCAACCAGGACAAGACCAGCCCGGUGACCUGGUGUGUGUCAGGUAAUUGUUUCUCCCUGCAAAAGGAGCACGAAACAGCCAUUAAGUUCUUUAAGCGAGCUGUCCAGGUAGAUCCAGACUUCGUCUACAGUUAUACACUUCUGGGGCACGAACUUGUGCUUACUGAGGAGUUUGACAAGGCUAUGGAUUACUUCCGGGCAGCCGUGGUCAGAGAUCCGCGGCAUUAUAACGCCUGGUUCGGCAUUGGCACCAUUUACUCAAAGCAGGAGAAGUAUGAGUUGGCCGAAAUUCACUACGUGAAAGCUCUGAAAAUCAAUCCGCAAAACUCAGUAAUCCUUGUGCACAUCGGGGCCAUGCAGUUUUACAUGAAGAAAAAGGAUUUGUCGCUGCAGACGCUGAAUACGGCCGCAACACUGGACCCCAAAAACCCGCUCGCCCGGUUCCAUCGCGGCUCCAUAUACUUCUCCUUGGGCAAGUACCAGGAGGCGCUGCGCGAGCUGGAGGAGCUUAAAGAAGUCGUUCCCAAGGAGUCGGUGGUCUUCUACUUGAUUGGUAAGAUCCACAAGACGCUCGGUAACAUGGACCUGGCGCUGAUGCAUUUCAGCUGGGCCACCGAUCUGGAUCCCAAGGGUGCCAACAAUCAAAUCAAAGAUGCCUUCGACUCCAUGGCCCAUCCCAGUUGCUGCCCGGCCAAUACUACGGCCCUGGACGUUGACCAGGAGCCCACCUCGGAACGUUCCGAUGACUCCACGCAGGCGCAGCAGGACGGAAGCUACGACAGCGACUACUAGGGAGCUGCGACUCCAAAUUCACGCGGUUGUAUAUACGUUAAACAGAAACAUAGUAAACAAAGGAAAACAUAGUAACAGAUACAAAGCCCAGAUCGAUUACUGCUGUAUUGUCGUAGAGGAAAGCAAACCAAUUAUGAAGUAUAAUAAAGUCUAGAUAACGUUUAGCAUUAGUAAUUUAAAAUAUACAACAAAUUGAAUGGUUUAAACAAAAUUGUGCACUCAGAAAGUCUAAGGCAAAAUAACAAAAUGAAAAAAAAAAAACAAAUUAAAUACCACUUAAAAAUAUACAAGAAAAGAUUACAUUU